UCGGUGGGGAGGUCAGGGCAGUCAGUGUGUGGAUCACUCUGUGUUGGAGGAGCUGGCAGUCACAGUAGGUAGGCUGUCUGUCUGUCUUGCUAAUAUAAAGUAAUAAUAAUAAUAAUAAACAGACUGGAGCUCUGAAUGUGGGUUUAUUGGCAGCUUUGGGAACAAUAUAAACACAGCAUGUAGCACAGUGUGGGGUAUCCAGGGGCUGUAAGGGUGGAUAAUACAUAGAUUGGAUAUUAAAAUAAAAUAAUAGAAACACUGAAUGUCCUAACUGCAGUGUGAGCCCCAAAUAGUGCUAACCCUGUGAGUGAGAAUUAUACAGGGUACCAAUGGUACCAAUGCCAAAUAUCAGAAUAAUGUCCACAUUAAGGCACACCGGUAUAUAGAACUGACUGCUGAGUGUAAAGCUACAAUGUAGGAGGUGGUAGGACUGUUGAAUAUAUAUAUAUAAAAAAAAAAACAACAGUUUAUUAUUGCAAAGGAUAAAAAUUAAGAUAGCAGCACAGUUCACUAACUAGUCUCUAGAAUUUUGAAUAAGCAAGGCAACCUUUAAACCAGACUGUGGUGGAUGAGGAUGAUAGUAGUGGAUCUGUUCUCUGUAUUCCGACCGCCAGUGAGGACGGCGUGCGUGUUACAGCAACCAGUUCUGUAUACUGUUAGCCUUAACAUAUGUGGACAUUAUUCUGAUAUUUUAUUCUUAUGAAAGUAUAGCAUUUGGCAUUGGUACCAUGUACCCUGUAUAAUUCUCACUAACCGGGUUAGGGGCACCUACACCAUACAUUUUCACUUUGCACUAAUUUGGGCUCACACUGCAGUUAGGACAUUUAGUGUUUCUAUUAUCCUAUUUUAAUAUAAAAUAUAUUUAUUAUCCAUCCUUUUUCCUGGAUACUCUACACUAUACUAUUUGGUGUAUUUUAUAUUGUAUGUAUUGUUAACACUAUAGUGUUCCUUUAAUAUACAUUAAAAAGGAGAAUUUUCUUUUGGAUGAACAUUGCGUCAAGAUUUUUGAAAGCUUCAGUUUGAUGGACUUUCUGCAACGUGUGCUACUGUGUAAUAUUUCAUCAGAAAGACCAACACACAGGCAUCGUUACACCUUUCCAGAUAUCACACUAAUGACACCUUAACACAUACAGAUAAUAUAUUCUAAUAUGCCACUCAUCUGACAUUCUAGUUAUCGUGUUUUAUCAUAUGCUUACACAAAACAAGAGAGUGCAAAAGUUAAAACUGCCAUGCCUGUGUUAUUACUAUUGCCAUUUAUAUAGCACCAACAGAUUCCAUAGCGCUUUACAAUAUUAUGAGAGGGGGGAUUUAACUAUAAAUAGGACAAUUACAAGAAAACUUACAGGAACAAUAGGUUGAAGAGGGCCUUGCUCAAGCAAGCUUACGUUCUAAUGGAGGUGGGGUGUAAAGCACAUUAGGACUGGAAAUAUCAAUCAGAUAAGGUGGGAGUGAGGCAGAGCUGGAGGAGAGAGUAGAGUGCUGCCCUUUAGGGGAGAGCAAGGGACAGGUAUGUAAGGUAAAGGUUACUCCCUUAUGUUCUGAAUGGCACUGUACACAUCCGUGUACUCACUUGCAUGCCCAAUAUAAAGAUUGACAAAACAAAAUAACUUGAUGCAUAGCAUCUUUGUACACACUAAUAACAAAUGUAAAAAAUGUAAUCACUUUUCUAACCGUUUUCAAAUAAUUCUCCAGUUAUCUUUUGUUAACUUUAUUUCUUCUUUUUUUUUUUCUGUGCAGAUCAGUAUUGGUUACUAAUUGAGUGGGUUGAAGCAUGAAUUGAUUUGGAAUAGUCAUGGCUCGUUCUGCGUAUUCAGUUUAUCGGAGAUUAAAUGGUCUUUUCACUGUGUACAAACCCCCCAAAGUUAGCUGGAAGCUGGUCCGUGACAUAGUGGAGACAAACCUACUAAAAGGUACGGAGAAUGUACGACAUCUUGCCUGAAAUUGUAAUGAGCCAGGUAUUGGAUUGUUAGUGGAGAGGUCAAGGGUGAGCCACAAAUAGUUAAAGGGACACUAUAGUCACCUGAACAACUUUAGCUUAAUGAAGCAGUUUUGGUGUAUAGAACAUGCCCCCGCAUCCUCACUGCUCAAUCCUCUGCCAUUUAGGAGUUAAAUCCCUUUGUUUAUGAACCCUAGUCACACCUCCCUGCAUGUGACUUGCACAGCCUUCCAUAAACACUUCCUGUAAAGAGAGCCCUAUUUAGGCUUUCUUUAUUGCAAGUUCUGUUUAAUUAAGAUUUUCUUAUCCCCUGCUAUGUUAAUAGCUUGCUAGACCCUGCAAGAGCCUCCUGUAUGUGAUUAAAGUUCAAUUUAGAGAUUGAGAUACAAUUAUUUAAGGUAAAUUACAUCUGUUUUUUUUCAUGCAGGCUCUGUCAAUCAAAUCCAGGGGAGGUGUGGCUAGGGCUGCAUAAACAGAAACAAAGUGAUUUAACUCCUAAAUGACAGUGAAUUGAGUAGUGAAAUUGCAGGGGAAUGAUCUAUGCACUAAAACUGCUUUAUUUAGCUAAAGUAAUUUAGGUGACUAUAGUGUUCCUUUAAAGUGCUCAGACCACUGCUUUCAAAAACAUGUUUUUUAAAAAGACCACUGGGGAAAUUGAUAUUUGCAUACAUAUGUAGCUCCCAAAAUUCUUCCCCACCACAUUUUAUUUGUGUUAUUUAGACCUGAACUCCCUAGAACAGCGUGCACCUCGUCACCAAGUCCGAUUUCUGCCUGCUGCUACAGAAGGUACCAAUGGGGUACAGAUAACCAGGGUUGCUACUGCCGUGCCCGUUUUGGCAGAUCAUGCACUGGGUAAGUGCCAUGCAAUGAAUGUUUGCGUACAUACUUUGAACUGUUGCGCUUACAGAUAUUUUUUGAAGCAAUCAUUGCAAACAGUCAUUAAUUUAGAAUAUGUUCGGUGGCUUACGAUUCUAUUUUGUGUCAUUGUUUUGCCAGUGAAAGGAGAAUCUUGCUCUCAUCUUAAAGUCGGAGCUGGGCACAGGCUGGAUGUUAGGUCAUCUGGGGUCUUUGGUGAGUUAAUCGUUUAAUAAAACCAAACCUUGCUAAUAUUUUUUUAUGUUUCUUUAUUGCAGGUAUGAUACAUCAUGCACACAAGCUUUUAUCUGUAAAUUGUAUGUUGGUGUGUGAGGGAUUAUCUGCUUGCGUCAGGAAAAUUGCAUUAUCUGUAGUGUUAAUGGAUUGCACGAAGGCAUUAUAGACUUCUGUGAUCACAGAGAAAUAUUGGUAUUAUGUAUAUCUAUAAAACUCAAACAAAUCUGUGCAGUGAGUGAAUUACAAGAUACAAACUGACACAGUGAGAGCGAGCGAAAUAAUUAGAUAUGUAAAAGGAAAUUAUAAUAAUUUUUUUUUUCUUUCUUCUCUAUUCCAGUGUUGGGUGUUGGCCAAGGGAACCAGCUUUUAACAGAUAUGUACAGCAGCCAUUGUACCAGGGUAUGAAGCUAUCUAAAACUGGGGUUCCUUUCUCAUUUUAAAUUGUGUGUAUGUCAGGACAGGGUGUAAGGCAGGACUGAUAUUUUUUUUUUUUUUUUGACAAUUUUUAUUGUUUUCAACAUAUCAUCAAGUGAUAAGAUUAGGAGGGGUACAGAAAGAAGAAAAGGGGAGGGGGGGGUGUCAUCCAAUAUUUCUGAACCACACAAGUACAUACAAGGUAGACAUUAAUCAUCCCUUUGUACACUCUCCCCUAUACCUACAUGUUACUCUUCUUGGUUCUCUUCUGGUUGACCCUGGUAUGCUUGGUCUGACCUCUAUCUACCCUCACUGCACCCUUGUAUGUUCCAUUCCUAUUUGCAGUGUGUCUGUCUCCCAGGCUUCCCAAGCCCCCUUAUUUGUUACGGUAGGGAGGCAUAUGUUGGUGAAACGUUGUUCAUAUAUUCUUUGGUUGUCUAGUUCUGAGAGAACCAUCUCUAUUGCUGGGGUUAGGCUAGUUUUUCAGUUUAUUGCUACCACUCAUUGUGCUGUAAGCAGCAGGUGAUAUGUGAUUUUUCGAAUGUGUGGCAGUGUUUCCGAAGGGGUAGAGAAUAGCAAGUAUGUGCGAGGGUCGUAUUUUAGUUCUACGUGUGUAAUUUCUAACAGUAUUUUCCGCGUGUCUUCCCAGAACGGUUGAAUCAGCGGGCAUUGCCACCAUGUGUGCAGUACAGUACCUACGUGAGAGGCACAUCUCCAGCAUUGUGGGGAGCUAAUUGGGUAAAGUUUGUGCAGCCUCGCGGGCACUAAGUGCUAUCUAUAUAUCAUUUUCGUAUGUUGCUCUAGGAGAGUGGCCGAUUUAAGUUUUUUUGGAGAGACGAUGUCAUUCCAUGUUUGUUGGGAGAUCACUUCUUUGAGGUCUAGUGCCCACUGUUUCGCAGGUGUGGUGUCAGGGAGUGGGGAGUAUUCUAGGAGUAGUCUGUAACACAUGGAGAGCGGCCUGCACGAUUUAUUUAGGCGCUUGUCCAGGCAUAUCUGUUCCCACAGUGUGGGGUUCUGUGUCUCUACUUCAUGUGGUGUGGGGUCAUGGGGUUCGUAUUUGCGUAGGAAGGAUUGGAGUUGUCUAUGAACUGAGUGCAGCGUGGCGAAAUCUGUUAGCUUAGUUCCCGUGUAGAAGUGGGUUAAGUUAUGUAGGCCCUUUUCGUGCCAUGGUGUAACAUUGAACGUUGGGAUACAAUAUGUUAAGGCUCACGUGGGCAUGGCUUUAGAUAUUUGAGGGUUGGUGCUCAGUUUGGCUCUAUGUGCAUCCCAUGUUUGCAGUAGUAAUGACAGUUGGUUCGGCAUGUCUGGUAUUGCUGGCUGAAGUGUUGUGGGUAUCCACAGAAUAUGUGAGAUUUCGUAUGGUUCUAGCAACCAUGCCUCUAAGUUAUCCAUUGUGGCGGGGGUUGGUCUAUAAGGUGUGGCAGUGCGGAUGCUAGUAUUGCUGCUUGGUAGUAGGAGCGAACGUCUGGGACUGCUAAUCCUCCCUCCCUCAGUGGUGCUUUGAGGAGUUUCAGCGCCACCCUGGGUCUCCCAUUCCCUCAAACGUAUUCAUGUCUUUCUGGAUUGCUUUGAAAUAGGAUUGGGGGAGUUUUAGUGAGAGGGUCCGAAAGACAUAUUGCAACCGUGGAAGCACUGACAUCUUCAGUGCCACUAUUCUUUUGGUCCAUGUAAGGAAGAGGGCCCCCCAUGUCUUUAAGAUUACUUUACAGUCAUUCCAGACCCUGAUAUAGUUCCUAGUUGGGAGGUCUGAGGGUUUCCUGUUAAAGAGGAGUCCCAAAUACUUUAUAUAGUCUGACCUCCACUCAAAUGGAUAUGUCUUGCUCAGGGUCAACAUCUGGGAGGCAUGGAGUCCUAUCCCCAUUGCUUGAGUUUUCAAUGCGUUUAACAAAUAAUACGAUAGCUGGCCAUAGUGUUUGAUAGUCUGCAUAAGGUUAGGGAGGGACUCAACAGGUUUCGUGAUAUAUAGUAGUAUAUCGUCUGCGAAAGCACUGAUUUUAUAUUCUGUAUCUUUCACAGUAAUGCCAUGUAUGAGAGGGUGCGCUCUGAUGUUGCGUAGAAGGGGUUCUAGGCUCAGGACGUACAGUCGGGGUGAUAGGGGGCAUCCCUGUCUCGUCCCGUUGGUGAUGCUAAAGGGGAGCGAUUUAAAUCCAGCUUGGAGGACCUGUGCUGAUGGGGUAGAGUACAGUGCGAAUGCCUGUUGCACGACUGGUGGGGGGAACCCAUAUGCCCGCAGUGUGCGUUCUAGGAAAGGCCAGCUGAGACGAUCGAAUGCCUUUUCGGCGUCUAGCGCAAGGAGCAGCCCAUUGACCUUGUCCUUUCUGAGGCUCUCUAAUAGCAGCGUCAGUUUGCGGGUGUUAUCUAGCCCUUGCCUGCCUUUCACAAAUCCUGUUUGGUUGUCGCCUAUGAGUGUGGGCAAGAGAUCGCUGAGUCUAUUCACUAGGACUUUUGCUUAUAUCUUUGCAUCCGUGUUUAAUAACGAUAUGGGUCGGUAAUUUUUGCAUUGGUCUGGUGCUUUAUCCGGUUUGGGCAAGGUUACUAUGGUGGCCAGCAACAUUUCAUGUGGUAGUUAACCUGAUUCGGAGGCUGAGUGAUGCACCUUCAGGAGGUGCGGGACGAGUUCCUGAGCAUAUAGCUUGUAAUAGGUGUUAGAGAGACCAUCUGCUCCCGGUGCUUUACCCCUUGGUAAUCCCGUUAUCACGUUCAGCACUUCCUGUAUUGUGAUCGGUUUUAGCAGUUCGGCUGCUUGUGUCGGGUCUAUUUGAGGGAGGUUAGCCUUUUGUAGGUAAUUAUCUAUUUCGAGGCAGGACUGAUUUUUAUUACUGUGGUUGUGUGGUCCUGUUACAUUCACUAACCCAUUGUACAAUACAUCGUGUUUCACUGCUGCAAGGUCUGUACAUUUCAGUGUAAUUAAAAUUAUUUAUAUAACAAGAAUAUUGCUGUAUGUGGUGCUAACUUCUUCACUGGAUUAACAAUGCAUAUUCGUAUAUCUAUUCUCUCUUUUUUAUACCGAGUCCAUAUUUCUGGGCUUAUAGAUACAUUUGCUCUGUUUUCCCUUGUUUAGCAGCAUGUUCCUCAGAGUAGGAACGGAAUAAGGGCAAUAGUUGCAGAGUCCAUGAUGUAUUAAGGUUUUUGCCAUUUAUUUACAUGAGUCUGACUGUGUAUAGCAAAGUGAUAGAAUAAUUGGCACAUCACACAAUAUCGAAAUCUAUAGCCAGAGAUACACUGAUCAGCCACAAUAUUAAACCCACUGCCUGGUGAAGUGAAUAACAUUGAUUAUAUUGUUACAAUGGCCCCUGUCAAGGGGUGGGGGAUAUUAAGCAGCAAGUGAACAGUCAGUUCUUGAAUUUCAUGUGUUGAAAGCAGGAGAAAUUGGCAAGUGAAAAGAUCUGAGUGACUUUGGCAAGGGCGAAAUAGAAAUGCCUAGCCCACUGGGACAGAGCAUUUCCACAAUGGCAAUGGUGUUCCCUGAUGCCAGUAGCCUCCGAAUUCCCCAAAUCUCAAUUAUAUUUAGCAUCUGUGGGAUGUGCUAGAUCAGGGGUAGGCAACCUAUGGCACUAGUGCCAUGCACAGCACUCGAGGUGUCUUUGCACGGCACUCGAGGCUGCUAGAGCCAAACAGGCUCUGGCCUAUCAGGAGUUCCAGUAAAACUUCAGAUAUCUGCUAAUCCGAAAAGGUGGUGAAGUACAAUCCUCAAUUGCAGCACGUAGAGGAAGUAAUCUCAGAUCACUUCCUCCCAGCACUUGUGAAUAGAAAUCCACACUGUAGCAGAGCAGCCUGCAGCUGCUGUUGCAGCUCCUGUCCUUGACAUGUACCUGGCCAGCCUGGUCCCCACUGGAACCCAGGGAAGCCACCCACACUGCUAGAUAUACAGAGAAAUGCAGAAUAACCCUCCCCUCAUACAAAUAAUACGGACAGCCCACACACAAACAUACAGGCAAUCCACACAAACAAAACACUAUUAACAAUCCACAUACAUGCAAUACCCCAAACAGCCACCACACACUACCAAACACACACUGUGACAUAUCCAUCCACACACAAUUCCACAAACAGCCACCAUACACAGCCCGCAUUCAUAUGUAUCACACACAAUACCAUAAACUACUCAUGAACAUAAACAAUAUAUUAGCUCAUAUACGCAGGGCCGUCUUUAACGCGGGGCAAACUGGGCAGCUGCACCGUGAGCCCUGCUGGCCUCAACUAUUUCUAACCCUCUGGCCGGUAAUCUGCACACUAAGGAGGCCCACUGGGUGGCCCAUACACAAAGGACCACCCGGUGGGCUUCUGUCAGCAGGUCAGCGGCUUUAACAGCGCUAGUGGGCCCCUUGCUUUUCGGCAGCAGGCUGGGAGGAAGUUCCUCCCACGCGGGAAAGAAGAGUAGGCAGAUUGGAGGGGGGCUGGCCGAGAGUGCUAGACCCCCAACUCCCAACACCUUCAGCCACCAGCAGGAAAGGUAGGAAACUGCAGGAUGGGCUUUAAAGUGUAUGUCUGUGUCAAUAUGUCUGUCAGUGUGUGUGUGUCAGUAUGUUAGUGUGUCAGUAUGUGUGUGUGUCAUAUCGGUGUGUCUGUGUGUCUGUGUCCGCAUGUCUGUGUGUCAGUAUGUCUGUGUGUGUAUCUGUGUGCGCGUGCGCAUUUUAGUGUGUGUAUGUAUAUGUAUAUGUAUAUAUAUAUAUAUAUAUAUAUAUAUAUAUCUGUGUGUGUGUAUAUGUGCAUACAUCUCGGCAUUCACACACUAACACUACACACAAAUACACCCCUGCAUUCAAAUUUCAAUGCUACGUACAAACACAUGUCUGUGUUACACACCAAAAUUAUAUGUAAAUACACCCCUGCAUUCAAAAACCAACACUACACAAAUACAUGCUUGCAAUCACGCCAACACCACAUACAAACAUAUUCCAUACAAAAACCUGUUUACCUUCAAACACACAAAAACUGCUUAGUGCUAAAUACAGACCUGUAAACAUGGGUAAAUGGUAGAGCCCCAGCUGUCAAUGCAUUUCUGGAGUUGCCCGACAGAUGGGGAUCUACCUUUUAAUCACCCGUGCAACAGGGAGACCCCCAAAGAUUCUUGCACCUCUCUACUUUGGGUCCGCCACUGCGUUGGCGUGGAAGACUUGAUUGCAUGCCUGGGGAGGGGGGACUGGAUCCAGGGGGCCCCAAGCAAAUGCUUUGCCCAGGGUCCAGUCACUAUUAAAGACGGCCCUGCAUAUACGCACAAAUACGAUACAAAGCAAUUACAGUAAAAAUAACACAAGCAGAAUACAGCAGCAUGCACACCUCUAUUAAAAAAAAAAAUAGGACCGACACGCUACGGCCAUCACAAUCCUAUAUCAGCACAGUGCUGCUAAAAGGUUGCCUACCCCUGUGCUAGAACAACAAAUCCAAUCCAUGAAGGCCCUACCUCACAACCCGCAGGAUUUAAAGGAUCUGCUGCCAGAUACCACAGAACACGUUCAGAAGUCUUGUGGAGUCCAUGCAUCGACAAAUCAGAGCUGUAAUGGCAGCAUGAGGGGCACCUACCUGAUAUAUGAUAUUAGGUGGGUUUUAAUGUGGCUGAUGUGGUGUACAUGUAGCAAUAGACAGAGAGAUACAGACACAGAACAUGACCUUUGUAUCUUUAUUUAAGUGUUUUGUUUAAUGGUUUGUAAUUUUUUAAAUUUUAUUUUUUACAUUUGCAAAGGAUUACACCGUUUCUGGUCUUUUUGGAAAAGCUACAGAAGAUUUCUCAGACACUGGGAAGGUGAUUGAGAAGACCACAUACAGUAAGCGUUCUUCUCCCAGAUCGUACAAACAAAUGUCAAAUCAUAAUCAUUGCUGCAAACGUUGGCUGGCAGAAUAUGGUAGUUCAAGCUCUACCAUAUGGGGGAGCAUCUAGCUGGGGUGCCCUGGCAUACAGCCGCACGUUAUUUAGUGAUUCUAAUCUGAUCAGCUACCCAUUAAUUACAGCCAAUUGACCAGCUGCAUUCAUGUCUAUGUAUUAUUGCCUAUUUUUUUCCAUUUAUUAUUUUGAAUUUAGCUCGGUGUAAUUUUACAUUCUUAGACCUGUUUCUCGAUGUCUCGUAGGUCACAUCACAAGAGACAAGUUUGAGCGGAUUCUGGCUAUGAUCCAAGGAAGCAACCAAAAGGCCCUGCUCAUGUAUGUAUUUAAAGAGAACACACCCGGUCACUAAGAAAUAUGGUGGGUGUGGGGUAAGAUUUCUGUUCUAAAGAUACAAUACAGUCAGCUUAGUAGUCUAAUCAUUUUCUUUUCUUCCACGGCAAUCCCGAGUUGUUACCAGUUUACGUUUACCUGUAAUGUUAAUUAAGGUUUGUACUGAGUAACAUUCUGCAGCGUAGAAUACGUUAUAUAACAGAAAAUGUACAGAAUGCGACAGAUCAGAAACCUGUUUCUAAGUUGAGGACUAAUUCAAUGGGUAAAACCAGGAGAGCGAUGUUUGGCUAGAUUGGUAAAAACACAUACAGAAUAUUGUUCCAAUUAGUGGGUCAUUAAAGAGAUGAUUUGUGAGCAAAUAAUGUACUUAACGUGGACAAGCUCCAAAAUAUUUUGUCUUCUAAAUAUUGACUUUAACCAGGAUCUGGCACGUAAUGAAUCCAUUAUAACUUCGUAUACAGUAAUGAUGCGUUCUCACUCUCAGGCAUACUCACAUGGAUCUGAGGAGUCAGGAAGCCUACGAGCUAGCAGUGGAAGGCCGUCUGCGACCCAUGGUGAAAUCCCCUCCCAUCAUCCUCAGAAUACGCUGUUUGGACCUCUCUCCACCACACUUCACAUUAGGUAUAUUCUGUAAUAUCCUAUCUUUCUGUAACAAUGUUGGUCUAAAACUUGCAAUUCUACACAAAUAUCCUGUUUGGUUACUAACUCUGCCUACGUUCCUUUCUUGUUCCUCUCUCUUUUUCGUAUUACGUAUUUUUUGCUCCCUGUAUUCUCAGCAGAUGAGAUUUUGAGGUAAUCUCACAGUAGAGAAAAACUUUGCAAAGUGCAGGAUUUAUUAUCUUUGUAAAAGACAUUUUAGAUUUUGUUUAUAGACAGUUUGUUGAUUGCUAUGUAUUAUAUUUUUCCCAGUGUAGAUUUUUUUUUUUCUACGAUUAAUAAAUGAAAUAAAGUGUGCUAGAGCAGUCAUUUUUUGUUGCACAGAUCAAAACUAUUAUUUAUUUCCUUCCAACACAGAGAUAGAAUGUAUGCACGAAACGCAGCAGUUUCUGCGUAAAAUCGUUCACGAGAUCGGCCUGGAGCUGCGUUCCUCUGCUGUAUGCACUAAAGUGCGUCGCAUCCGGGACGGACCUUUCACUGUCGAUGGUGCUUUACUCCGAACACACUGGGAUCUCCAGAGCAUCUCCCAAGCCAUAAGCGAGAACAGAGGUCAAGCUGCGGAACUGAUGAAGACGACCAUCUCAAAUCUGGAUCAGCAAAAUCAGUAUAGCGAGCCACAGACUACUGAGAGGGAGGAAGAGUUUCAGCAAUAGACUUGUCCCAACUGACAAUCCUCCCAAUUCUUAUAUCUGCUCUACUAUAUGGACGCCCAGGUAUAGUGUAGGAUAUCAUCCUAUGGCCCCAGGUGCCUCCAUUCAUUUAUCUAUACAGGAAAAGUCCUAUAAAAUCUGCAAUCCGAUUUCAAACUGUUUUCAAGGGCACCAAAUCCCAACCUUCCCCUUUUGGUGAUCAUCCCACCAGGAUCUUGUGCAAUUUUUACAGCAAUAAAAGUGUUAACUGGCAUGGCCAAAUUCCAGCUAAACAUAAAUGUACUGCACACUGACAGUAAAAAGGCUUAACCUUCCUCAUAUGACACCCCGGGCUAAGCGACCAGCUUUGCCACCUCGGAAUCUUUUAGGUUUGUUUGUUUUACAAACCAUAAAACCAGUUUGACAGGGACAGCACCAUAACCACUUCAGUAAGCUGCCAUGGUUAAACUAACUCGAGACAAGGACGCAAAAUGCCAGAAAUUUGCAAUAAUUUAUUUUAAAAUGAUCUGGAAUUUAAAAUAAUGCAUUUAUUAAAUAUUUCUUACAUUCAUUAUAGCAAUUUUAUGUUUAACCCCUUAAGGACACAUGACAUGUGUGACAUGUCAUGAUUCCCCUUUAUUCCAGAAGUUUGGUCCUUAAGGGGUUAAAAUAGGUUGUUUUUUUUUGUUUUGUUUUUUUAAUAUCCUAUGUUUCAAAUACAUAUUUAUAAUUCACUGAAUAUUCUCUCCCACUUCACAAAAAAACACACUUUUGGAAAAGUCUAGAUUUAAUAAAACAUACUUUUUUUUGUAAUAUAAACAGUGGGGUUCUAUUCGCUUGAAAUUAGCACAUUUUGCUGACCAGGUCCUUUGUGGCUUUUCUGCUAUUUUGCUGAAUAUUAAUGCAACCUUUUAAUUAAGGAUUAGAACCUAAAACAGGUCAGACUGCAAGUGAUUGACAAUCUUGGGGCGCUGUUCAAGCUAAUUAAAUUGUGUGAGAUAGGUUGAUGUGAUCACGUUGCAGAUGUGUACCACCGCAGCAAGUCUCUUUAUUCCCACUUCCAUUCUCCACGCUGGUGCUUGAUGUAGAACACCUAUUGGUAUGAGUUCUGUUUAAGUUCCAGGAGCCAACAGGAUUUGGUUCAGCCUUUGGUGGAUGGAGGGGGCAGGAUUCCAAUCUCUUCUCGCAGGGUUUGCAAACUCUGCUCCCACCGUUUCUCAUAGUAGAAGCUGAGAGUACAGUGAGCGUUGCGGCCACUUUGAACUGCCCAAGGAAGAAGCUCUAUCAGGGCCUUCAUUCUCCUAGAAUCAGGGAGAAAAAAAUCUGUGAGAGGCAGCUUAUUGGGUGGAGUUGUAUACUAUAAACACAAGGUAGAGCUGCGUGUACAAUAUGUC